AUGUCUUCUGAAUUGAGGCAAAGACAUUCUUCUGGGAGUGCAGCUCCGUCAUUGACGGAGCAUCGUUUUGAUGAGAAAAAGCAAGCUCGUUCACGUUCUAGGACAGGUUCUAGUUCCAAGCACCACUUCAAGCCAGUUUCCAAAGUGGAUCGAUAUUCUGUGCUGUUGUCCUCGAUUCUUUUGUCGCUUUUGUUUGUUGGGAACUCGUUUUAUCCGGAGUACACUAAGAAGUUUGUUAAUCUACAGUAUGAAUAUCCUGAUAAUCCUGGGAAGUAUGAUAUUGGAAUAGACGAUGGCUACGUUAUCUUAACUUUCAUUGUUGUGUUCUGUUUGGUGAGAUCGUUCUUGUUGGAGUUUGUUUUGAAACCAGUGGGUAGAAAUAGAUUUCACAUGAGAUCUGUAAAAUCUCUUCAAAGAUUCGGAGAGCAAGGGUGGUCCAUGAUUUACUAUUUGUUUUCAUGGAUAUUUGGAUUCUAUCUGUAUUAUCAUUCUCCAUAUUACUUCAACAUCGAUCAUAUUUAUAGCGGCUGGCCCCAUGACCAAUUAUCAGGUUUGUUCAAGACCUAUUAUUUGUUCCAAAUUGCAUCUUGGUUCCAUCAAAUCAUUGUCUUAAAUGUGGAAGAAAGACGUAAGGAUUUUUGGCAAAUGUUCGCUCAUCAUAUUAUUACUGUAGCAUUGACUACUGGUUCAUAUUAUUAUUAUUUCACAAGAAUCGGGAAUGUCAUUUUAAUCUUAAUGGAUAUAGUGGAUGUGCUGUUGUCCUUUGCUAAGAUGCUGAAAUACUGCGGAUACAGUACUUUAUGUGAUUAUAUGUUUGUUGUAUUUCUAUUUUGGUGGGUUAUGUUAAGACACGUUGUUUACAAUUAUCUCACUUACCAGACUUGGCUAAGAGCUAAAAAUUUAAUGGCAGAUGGCGAGUGUAUUGCAGGUUUAGCACAGAAAAGAUGUUGGACGCCGACUGUCGUUAACAUUUUCCUUGCAUUGCUCGGUGGUCUACAAGUCAUCACUUGCAUUUGGAUGUAUCUUAUCCUGAAAGUUCUUGUGAAAGUUAUCAAAGGUAUAGGUGCCGAAGAUGUUAGAAGUGAUGAGGAAGACGAAAACAGUGAUUGA